AUGCAGGAGAGGAGAAGAACGACGCCAAAGGGCGAGAGGUGCAGCAAGGUUGCUGUACGAGCGACUGAGAGAGGAAAUCGAUGUGAGGGUAUGAGACACUGGUGGGGAAGCUGGGCACCAAUCAAUAGACGCGCGGCGGCGCCCCACCUGUCAACGCGCGCGGAGAUAAACACAGGUGCCAUUUUCGAGCAAGGUACCGACGAAGUACAAUCCGCCUUCAAGUUCGCGAUGGUGAAUCACAAUCAAAACAUUACAACUCGCAAAUUUGAGCUGCAAGCCUUCGUGGAUGUAAUUAAUACAGCGGAUGCCUACAAGCUAUCUCGUCUAAUCUGCAACCAGUUUAGCAGAGGCGUGUUUUCUAUGUUGGGCGCCGUGAGUCCAGACUCAUUCGAUACGCUGCAUUCUUAUAGCAACACCUUCCAAAUGCCAUUCGUGACACCCUGGUUUCCCGAAAAGGUCCUGACGCCGUCCUCGGGUCUCCUGGACUUCGCCAUAAGUAUGCGGCCGGAUUACCAUCGCGCUAUCAUCGAUACGGUGCGAUACUACGGUUGGAAGAAAAUCAUCUACCUCUACGACUCCCACGAUGGUAAGUCCCUUACCCCGCGGCUUUCUCAUGCAUUUCUCAUUUUACAAGGCGAUAGCCGCGGGCUGCAGCCGCGCAGCGCUCGCACCUCGACCCCCUCGCGCGAUAUUUCCCUUUUUAUUAUAUCCGCCAAGUAGGCUCGGUCUCCCGUGGCCAACUUUGCCGAUAUCGUAGACACGGGAUAU